CGUCAAAUCCGCUAGCUUGAGUAUCCUGCAUCUAGUCGGUCUGCGGGUCCUCCUUGCUGUCCAAGAUGUCCCACUGGUCAACGCAGAGUAUACCCACGAACAGCCGGAGGAGGGGGCCAUUUGAACGAACUCUGGAUCACCAUCCUCAGGAAGUACAUGAUGACCAGGCAGUGGACAGUGAUGGAUACCUCCAUGAAGGCUCUUGCAGAGGUCCACAGCCUACCACAGCAGAGUGUUGCACUGUGUCCACACAGCAGCCCUGUGCAUGUCCUGCUCUGUACACCACAAAAUGCAUGUCAGCGCAUACAUGUCCAAGCCAUUACAUUUAUGAAGAUAGCUGGGACGAGAUCCAAAGUAUAAGAACCAUCAGAGCAGAGAACGAAGUGGAAGCCAACAAGCUGGUCAACAACUACAGGUUUGGCUUCAGAAAAUGGAAGAGCCAUGUAACAGAGCGUCCUUUUGAAGACAGGUCAGAAGUUGUGAAAGAGCUCUACUCGGAGCUGAAUGUCAUCAAGCCUCAUGUUGGUCCAGGUCAUCUCAUUACAUGUGGAAAUGUAGUGUAUGUUGUUCUUUUUGGUUGGUGGGUGUCCCUGGCGUAACUCCUGGUGGGCUUACUCAUGUUCCUGACUGUCAUUGGUGUACCCUAUGGAAAGCUGUGUUGGAAGUUGUCCUGUUACUUUCUUUGGCCGUUUGGCAAGUCAGUUCACAAGAUUGAAAAUAAGUUCUGUAGAUGUGAGCAAAUGCCUAACUGUGAAUGCACCGGGGAGUGGGAGGAAGACAACUCUCCGGUUCUGCUGCCUUCACCGCCGGAGAGUCCAGUUCCAGAACCAUCAGAUCGGCCAGCACCCCCUCACCACUGGUGUCGUUUCUCCACUUAUGUGUGGCUGCUGCUGGGGUACCCUCCUCUGGUGGUCACCCAUUCGCUGGUCUGUCUCUUGUCCUGGAUCUUGGUCUUUACCAUCCCUGUGGCCAAGAUGAAUGCACGCACUCUGGGCAUCAUCCUACUCUUGCCUCCGGAGGAUGUGUCUGUGUCCAUCACCUCACAGAGGAAGCAUCAAGGUUAUGAGAGCAGGACGCUGCUGUGCUGCUACCAUGCAGCAAACUGGUUCUACUACAAAUAUACUGUUGAUGGCAUCAAUGUAUUUGCUGUCAAUCUCCUCCCUCUCGUAAUAAUUGCCAUGAUAAUCGGCUACAUUGACAGAGAAAACCGCUACACCAGUUCCGAUGUCAAGUUCGCCACGGCAUUAGGAUCUAUCAUCCCACUGUCAUAUUACAUCGGCAUGGGCAUCGCCAGCAUCUCAGCACAGAGUAACUUUGCCGUGGGCGCAGUUGUCAAUGCCACUUUCGGCUCUAUCACAGAGUUGACUUUUUACAUCACGGCUCUCCUCAGAGGUCACAGGGCAGCCAAUCCAUGCCUGCAGGAGGUGGUGAAGGCGGCGUUGACGGGCACGCUGCUUGGAUGCAUACUCUUCAUCCCUGGCAUCUGCAUGAUCAUUGGAGGAUUGAGACAUCGAGAGCAAAGAUUUAACAGUCGCUGCACAGGAGUAAGCUCUGCACUGCUCUUCAUCUCUGUAGGAGGCGUGUUCGCCCCCACACUGUUCUCUAAGGCUUAUGGUAAAUUGGUGUGUGAUGCGUGCACAUCAGGGAACAUCACGAGCAACAGCAGCGGCCCGUUCGUUUGCCACAGCUGCCAUUAUGAUGUGAACAAUGACACACUGUUCCACAACCAUGUUGAGCCCCUCGUGUACUCUAUUUCUGUCCUCCUGCCUGUCGCCUACAUCAUCGGGCUGAUAUUCACGUUGAAGACACACUCCCACAUUUACGACAUCCAUGUUGGACAGGAACCAGUGACUGGUCACCAUGGUGCAGUGGUCCACUGGUCCCGCUGGAGGUCCCUGCUCAUCCUUAUCAUGGCCACCGUGCUCAUGUCUGCUUGCGCCGAUCUCACCACAGAGCACGUGCAGCCCAUUCUCAACCAGCCCAACAUCUCCCAGUAUUUUAUCGGGGUAACACUUCUCGCCAUGGUUCCAGAGAUCCCUGAGAUUGUCAACGGGAUACAGUUUGCACUUCAGAACAACAUCAGCCUCAGCUUGGAGGUGGGGAGCUGUAUCGCUGUGCAGGUCUGCAUGCUCCAGAUUCCAAUCCUGGUCUUGUUUAAUGCCUUCUAUGAUGUGGGCUUUGUGCUCUUGUUCUGUGAUCUACAUUUUUGGACCAGUAUCUUCAGCGUGAUUUUGGUCAACUACAUCUUCAUGGAUGGCAAGUCAGAUUAUUUUCAAGGCACAGCUCUGGUAGUCGUCUAUCUGAUCCUAUUGGCUCUCUAUUACUUUGCUCCAUCUCCGGCAGGCUGCUGACUGUGGGACUGGACUAUUCAGGCAAAAUCAUUUAAAGCCACGGCACAUAAUAAUUCAACCUUACUUAGAAAGGGAAGGAGAACAGUAUCUUUUUUUAAUCCCAAUAUUGACAUUCCUGAUCACCUUCCACUUGUAUUGUGUUAGCAUUUGUGCUAAUAUUACUUUUCAGUUGUGUGGUGUGUUUGUGUACAAAGUUUGCCACGCUGAAGUGAUCAGGCAGUGUUUAAGACUUCUUGUUUUAGUGUUCAGCACACAUUAAAAGUAACUAACACUCACACGACUGUAGCAGGGAGCCGUGGAGCCAAAGUAUUCUUUACAUGCAGCUUUUUUUUGUACUCAGUGUUCAACCUUGAUCCUAACAUGACAAUAUUUUAAUGAAAUAGAUUAAAAUUAUUUUAGAAUCUGCGCAAAUGUGUUGUAAGAAUAACGUAUUUAUACCUUCAGUGUGUCAUAAUGGUUAUGCAUGUGGUAUUUAAAGAGGAAAUAGUGUGUGUACAAAUACAACACCUUGAUACAAACAUAUGGAAAAAAAUGUCUGGCUGAGUUUUAUUGCACAGACAGGAAUAAAAAAAAAAAUGUACAUCAUCAAAUGUGUGAGGAGACGUUCACGUACAAUGCAGCGACAUGCAGGAGAGAUCAUUUCACAAAUAUAAUCAUCUAUCUCAAGCAAGGCCUAGUCGGAACAUACCAUCCCAUUUAAGGAGACUUGCUGUAAAGUGUCAAUGUGAAAAUGGACUCUGUUUAAUUACACAAGAUACUGUGUGCUUUUCAAAAAAUACAUUUUUGCUGCUUAAAAAAAAAAAGUACAAUGCCACAAAAAAUAUAAAUAAUAAAAUCCUGUGUACACAUUGUGGCGUUCAGACACGGAAGUGAGAAGAAAAUUGGGUAUGGUAAAAAAAAAAAAAACACUCAAAAAGUGUCAAUUCAAAGUAAAAACAGCAGCAGCACAGUGAUUAAAACAACUCAAGAAAACCUUCUGACUGGCUUCCAGCACCAAGUAAAUCAUUAAAAUGGACACAGUUCAGGGUGGAUUUACAGCAUUUAAAAAAAGGCACCAAUUAAAAAAAUGAAGGACUGGUGUGAAGCUACACUGUAUUCUUUUAUAAUUUAUGGUGUAAAAUACAGCUAUAAGACGAGGCACUGGAAAAGUCACAGUGAUGGCAUGCAAUACACCAAAACAUUUAAAUAUCGUUGAGGGUUUGGGUUUUUUCUUGCGUCACUUACAUGACUUCAUGUUUUUGUUUGGUUUUUGUUUUUUGUUACUGCAACAUUAAACACAAAGUCAAUUUGUUCAAUGCAAACGAGUCGUGAGGCCAUAAAAAUGGUAUCAUACAAGGCUGUACGGGCACACUCAGCCUGUUUUGUUUUUUUUAGAUUAAAAAAAAAAACAAUCCAAAAACGGCUCAUCUCAGCGUGAGACACUACACAGAUGUCGAACGAAAACACAUUCACAAAAUGAGACUAGUUCUUGAAGGCGAUCUGCAAGUCCAAUAUCCAUGCAAGGCUGACCAAUCACAUAACAGGCCGAGGUUUGAGCUCCACCUACUUCAGUCGCUCAAUGAGUGUGUGUGUUAGUCCCAUGUUGAGCAGCUGCAGCGUGGAGAGCUGUGCCAAGUGAGGCUGCAUCUUCAGCAGUCUUUCCCAGGCCAGUUCCAGCAGACUGGGCACCACCAGCCACACUUUGUACAACGAGCCCGUCCUUCGAUUGCCAGACAUGUUGACCACGCCGCCGUGGACAUACAUGCACCCCGCCUAAGAGAAAAAAGAGCCAGAGAGGCCGAUGGCAUGUCUUCUGUGCACAGUAAAACCAUAUUUUAUUUACUAACCGGCGUCACGGCAGCGCAGUGGAAGUAGGCAGGCUCUGGCAUGAUGGUGGGUAGCUUGGUCCACUGGAAAGUGCGAAGGUUGAGCUUCCAUAAAUCGGGCAUGAUCAGCUGACCGUCGUAGCCGCCACAUAUAAACACCUCUGGAAGGCAAGAGACGAAGACAGCAAUAUGAACUUCCAAACAUUUCACACUGCUGGCUGAAAGAGCACUCACCAUUUUGGACCUGCACACAGCUGUGGCAGCGACGGGCAGCUGGAUAUCCUGUCAUGAUGUUAAAAAAAAAAACACUAUUAGUAGUAGUAAUAAUCUGUCAGAAAUAAAAGUAAAGCAUCCAACAAAAACCUAGUUUUUCAUGGGGUUUGGUGACUAUUUCCUCCCAGUAGUUUGUCUCCAAGUUAUAUGCAUGAAUCUGAAAAAGACAAAGCACUGAAACACUCACUGUAGUCAUGCCAUCCAAGUAAGAGAAGUAGAACUUCUACUUCUCUUACUUGGAUGCAAAAGCUAAUAAACUUCAACUGGAAUAUAAUUUACAUAUAAAUACAAAUACUGUCUGCAGUUGAAUACAUUUUAAGCACCUCAUCCAAAAUGUAUAGUGUAGAUCAGGGGUCUCAAACACGCGGCCACUAGUUUGAGGCCCCCGCCUUGAUAUGAAAGUUUAAUGUUAGUGCGGCCCGCGCAAUUUUGAUAUGGAUGCUGUAUGGUAUCAUGUACCCAGAAAAAAAUAUUACGUUUGAUUAAUGUUCAUGUUAAAGGUUAAAUAACUGUUAAUAGUUAUCCUCCCUAUCUGUGUGGAAGUGGUACGUUUUUGGCUAUUUAAGUUUAAAGGAAAUGACUUGAAGGCUACUGUUCAGGUCGCUAGCUCUCUAGUUUGUGAGUUAGCAUGUGUCUCAAGAGCCUGCAGUUGCGCAAUAUGUUGUAAAUUAAAAAAAAGUAUAAAUGUGACUAUAGUCGUGUUUUGUCUACAGAGCUCUAAUAAUGCUUUGUUAAUUUUAAUCUGAAAAAAAUAAUUGGUCUACCCACCAACUAUAUGUGGUUUCUUAAGUUUUUAUUAUUUGCCGUUUUAUUAUUAUUAUAUUUAUUUAUUACAGAUUGAUUUUCUUUAUUCUUGAUUUGUUUAUGUAUUUUUCAUCUUAAUUUGUGCAGAAAAAUAAAAAAUAAGAUAUUUGAGAAAAGUGGAAUGUUUUAUCAGAGCUUUUAUUGUAGAAAAUCGGAACCAAAGCACUGAAAAAGUUUGUAUAUUUUUCUGUUUUUAAUAAAUGCGUUUUUUUUUUUUUUUUUUUAAAACCUGAUGCGGCCCAGCCUUGCCCAGACCCUAGCUCCAGUGGCCCCCAGGUAAAUUGAGUUUGAGACCCCUGGUGUAGAUCGAGUCUACAAUCUUUACAACAUUUUGAUACAUGCAUUACAUCACAACUGGAUCUCUUACCUUGUCCAAGCGAUAUGAUGACCAGGAAGUCCCGCCUCCUAAUAUGUAUAUCCGCUUUCCAUCAUGAGCGAGUUCAUGUCUGUACCUGUGGGAUGACAUCAUUCUCAGUACUUUUAUGUGUUGUUUUUACAAUUAUUCAGCCCGACCUCUCCUCAGGGAGAUCUGUGGGGGCAUUGUUGGGCUUGAGGUGGAUCCAUUCUUUGGUUGUGAGGUCCAGCCUGUGCAGGUCGGUACUGUAAAGGUAACCUGUUGUCCCUCCAAAAACAUACAGGUAGCCAUUUAGGAUGACCAUUGCCUGCAGUAGGACAAGAGCAUGUGAGUUUGGAGCCAUCUACUAAAAAAAAGCAGACAUAAGAGAGCAGAUUAGCUACCUGGCCGUAGAUCUUGUUGGGCUUCGUCCCUCGGUAGGGGAGCAGGUUCCAUUGUUUGUACUGAACGUUGCAAACGUGGACGUCGUUGCCGUUGUUUUCACCGAAAGGAAUCCCAGUGCCGCCAAACACGAGCAGGUUGUUGCCAUGGAAUACAGCUGAGAUGGAAUGGUGUCAUUUAUGCAUCAUUAAACAAAGCUCGUUCAUAUUUGACAUCCAUUUUAAUAUUAAUUCAAAUAGUGGCAAAUGUGUACUUAACUGCAGUAUCUGUGUAUCUGGUAUUUAUUUGAAGAAAAACAGCGUGACACGAAACGAUUGCUGCUCCCGUGUUACACUUAUACUUAUUUUUGGUUCCUGUCAAUACGAGUGCAGUUUAAAGCAGAAGUAAUUGUUCCAUGUACGCGUUUUUCCAGGGAACACAACACCUAAAGCUGACAACUGUGAAAGUGUGCAUGUGCCGCAUACGUAUAAGACUGUAUGUUGUGUAUUCCAUUUGUUUAUUAUUUGUUUAUCAGUCGCGUACCCCUUUAGAUAUUUGACCUGAAGCCAUGUACCUGUGACUUCUGCAUUAGGCUUUUCAUCUUAAUUAACUUGAAAUAUUGAACAUAAUUAAUUGCUUAAUUGAUUUUAUAGUAAUUCCGGGUCAAAAAUGUUAUUUUGCAUGGUCACAUUUGCAUAAAGUUUGACAUGAGCACUGAUGAAUAGAUAAUCAUCCUUGUUAUUUUUUAUUCCAGUUUGACUUUGGCAUCCUUUCGUAUGAAUUGCUUGAAUUUGAGAUGCCGUUUUUGUCCACUAAUGAUAGCUGUAUACCUAUUUUAUUCAUAAAAUAAUAUAAAUUAUUUAUAAGAAUAUAUUUUUUUAUGUUUUCAGAAAACUAUUUUUAACGCUUGUAUUGGUGCCCACCAGACAUGGAAGCGAGUUCUGUAGGAAUGUAACCCUCCGUCUGAACGCGGUGCCAGGUUGCUGUGGCAAAAUGAAACCUCCAAAGUUCCCUGAAGAGUGGGUAGUCUUCAUUUUCCGCCCCACCCGCCUCCUCAAAGUCCGGGUUGUAGCCUCCAAACACAUAAAGGUUGGUGCUGUCCGCCACACAGCGGUGUCCACUGCGAGCUGAGGGCACACACGGCCCUGAGAGAGAGAAAAUGUGUCAUUUCCUUUGUUUGUUUGUUUUUUUUAACGCACCCAUCAUGCAAAACCACUUACCUUCUCUUAGAAACCUGUUAGGAAUGCGCAGGUUGGGGGAUGCCUGAGAAAAGAUGCGCCUCGCCUGGAGCCAGCGUGCCCGCUUUUUGAAACCUGCAAGAUGGACACAGUUAAGUACGUUCACUGACCAAAACAUUAGGUACACUUGAACCAUCUAAAAACAAUAGUAUAUCAAUGCGAAACGUUUCCAUAUUGAUCCGAUACCUUAUGAAUACAGAGUCAGUAUCACUGAUACCAGUCAUUUUUACUUGGCCAGUUUUGGGAGUUUUGCCUUUAAGUUUGUUGAUCAUGAUUAUCAGAAUAAAACACAACAGAUUUUUAAAUAAUUGUAUCAACACAAUAAUUUGUGAACAAUACAACAAUACACACUAUUAUUAAAUUAUCAUACAAAAUGGCACAUAUUGAACAUAGGAAGUUAUAUUUUUAAUUUUACUGAUUAUUGAGAUGUAGGAUUAAAUAAGAUAUGCUUCUUUCUAUUA